CUCCAUAUGGCGCGUGCCCCCUAGCCUCUUCAUUUGCAAAUAUCCCGCGCGAGGCAUUAUGGGAUUUGUCAAAGCCACUGCGUCACUGUGCCACCGCCUUCACCCGAGCCGCGCGCGCGCCGAGAAAGAAGAAAUGGCCAAUCAGUCAAUGGACAUUGUAGCAAAGGCGCUGGAGCAGCAAAUGCUGCAAUCAGCACGGAUCGUCGAGGAGCAGAUAGACGCUGAGCUGGAGAAGCUAGAGCGUAUGGAUGAGGAUGAACUCGAGUGUCUUAAGGAAAGGAGGUUGGAGGCUCUCAAGAAAGCCCAGAAACAGAAGCAGGAAUGGAUCUCUAAAGGCCAUGGUGAAUAUAGAGAGAUCCCAAGCGAGAAAGAUUUCUUUGCUGAAGUUAAAGAAAGCAAGAAUGUGGUUUGCCAUUUCUACAGGGAUUCCACUUUCAGAUGCAAAAUUCUGGACAAACACUUGAGUAUCAUGGCAAAGAAGCAUUUGGAGACAAAGUUCAUCAAACUAAAUGUAGAGAAGGCUCCCUUCUUAACAGAGAGGCUUAGGAUUAAAGUUAUUCCUACACUAGCACUGGUAAAAGACGGGAAGACUAAGGACUACGUAGUAGGCUUCACUGAUCUCGGCAACACAGAUGACUUCUCAACUGAAAUGCUGGAGUGGAGACUGGGCUGUUCAGAUAUCAUCAACUUCAGUGGAAAUCGCUUCGAGCCUCCGACACUUGCUAAGAAACCAGGGACAAAGUUUACCAAGCUGGAGAAAAAGACGAUCAGAGGGAAAGGAUAUGAUUCGGACUCUGAAUCUGAUGACGAUUAGAAAAUGUUUAUCAGGCCUUCCUACUCUUUGUAAAAUGGUUUGUUUUUCUCUGUCUUCUUUGUAUACCUCAGAUUUCUUUCCAUUUUUUCAUAUUAAAUCCUUGCUUCUUGAUAAAUCAGUUAAAAAAAAAAAAACCCAAAAGACUGCAUUUUUCUUUAUCCAUCAUGUAGGCAAGGAAAGCUUUACUCCAGUGGUCUUAUCAGACUGGAUAUGAACUAAAAGAAGUAGAGCUUCAUUGAUUUAGAUUUGUGCUAUAAAAAAACUAUAAAAUCACAGUAAAAAUGACUAACAUGCAUACAGAUCAGAGCAAUCAGCACAGAUGUUUCCUGUAUUGUGGCAGUAGCAAGGCUCACUUAUUUCAAAGUAACUUUAUUUAAAUGAAAAGUGAAAGGUUGUUCAGGUUGACAGUGCAAGAAAAAAGGGGAAUAAGCCUGAAAUACGUUUUCAUAUUUCUGACAUCGGAUCCGAGUUUGGUGUAGUUAAUUUAUUAAUUUUAUGGGAAGAAAAUAUUUCUAUUUUAAAGUUCAGCUCUAGGGCUUCAUGAACAUCACACAAGUGCCAAGGAAGAUACCAUAACUGUAAUCACUACCGUUUGAUUCAUGUGAAUAGAAACUUAACCUUAGAUUUUCUUUCUUUUUUUUAUAGCACUAAAUGAAUACUCAUUAAAAGAAACUUCAUUCA